UUGCUGCCUCGGUCGCCGCGGUCCCCGGGGAGCGGGCUCCGGCGCUCGCUCCCAUUGGCCGCCGCCGCGUCAGCUGGUGCGAUUUGCUGCUGUCGCUUUUGGCGUUCGGCCAUCCAGAAACAAACCAGUUCGAUGACUACUAAUAGUUAUAGCCAGAUGUACUAAUACACAACAAAUCACAGUCCUGCAGAGGGGCGCGCAAAUGAGUUCCUAUUUUGUGAAUCCCACUUUCCCCGGGAGCCUGCCCAGCGGCCAGGACUCCUUCUUGGGCCAGCUGCCCCUCUACCCGGCCAGCUAUGACGCGUUGAGGCCAUUCCCGGCCUCCUACGGGGCGUCGAGCCUCCCGGACAAGACGUACACCUCACCUUGUUUCUACCAACAGUCCAACUCGGUCCUGGCCUGCAACCGGGCAUCCUACGAGUACGGGGCCUCGUGUUUCUAUUCUGAUAAGGACCUCAGUGGCGCCUCGCCCUCGGGCAGUGGCAAACAGAGGGGCCCCGGGGACUACCUGCACUUUUCUCCCGAGCAGCAAUACAAACCCGACAGCAGCAGCGUGCAGGGCAAAGCCCUCCAGGAGGAAGGCACCGACCGGAAGUACACGAGCCCUGUUUACCCCUGGAUGCAGCGGAUGAACUCCUGCGCGGGUGCUGUGUACGGGAGCCACGGGCGCCGAGGCCGUCAGACCUACACGCGCUACCAGACUCUGGAGCUGGAGAAGGAAUUCCACUUCAACCGCUACCUGACCCGGCGCCGCCGCAUCGAAAUCGCCAAUGCGCUCUGCCUCACCGAGCGCCAGAUCAAGAUCUGGUUCCAGAACCGCCGCAUGAAGUGGAAAAAGGAAAAUAAACUCAUCAAUUCCACGCAGCCCAGCGGGGAGGACUCUGAGGCAAAGGCGGGCGAGUAGAUGCCUGGCCAGGCACCGGGACAGCACUGCAACCUCCUUUGGCUUUGCCCCGUUGCCCUUGCCUGCUCCCCAACUUCUCUCCCUGCCUACUCCCAUCGGGGCUUCCGCAGUUUCAAGGGCGCCCGGUGCUUUGCCAUCGUCUGAGCAUUUUCUUAUUACAACAAACAAACAAAACCUAUACACACCCAAUCUCGUCUCGGCGGUGGAGCAGACGCAC